GUUUGGGAUCAGAUGCACGUGGUAACGAAUUAUCAUGUAGUGAGAGAGAUUGGACCGCAAGACCUCCAAGUGGUAUUUCUGGAUGGUGGAAAAGACGAUGAUCUUCCCAAGCGGGAAGUGCUGAAGGGAGAGGUGGUCGGAACAGAUCCAUUCACCGACACAGCAGUGAUCAGGGUAUUCUCUUCUGGCAAAAGAUUGGUUCCCAUGCAUCCUUUGCCACUUGGGGAGUCUGCUGCUCUUGAAGUAGGACAGAGUGUGUACGCCAUUGGAAAUCCAUUUGGUCUCGACCAUAGCAUGAGCAAGGGCAUUAUUUCGGGAAAGUCCCGAACACUGGACAUUGGUGAAAGGCCAAUCCAAGGAUGCAUUCAAACAGAUGCUUCAAUCAAUCCAGGCAACUCUGGUGGUCCUCUUCUCGAUGCAGCUGGACGUGUCAUAGGUGUAAAUACAGCCAUCCUCACCGCCAGCGGAACAUCAGCUGGGGUGGGCUUGGCGAUUCCUGUGCAUGCCUAAGAGAGUUGUAACUGUCCUUGAACAAAAGCCAUCGCUACUGGGUUGGAGGCUACUAGGAGCAAAGGGCAUCGCUACUAGGAGCAAGAAGCUACCAGGGGCUCCUGGCCUUACUAGGAGCAAGAAGCCACAAGUAACAAGGAUGCUAUUAGGUUGGAGGCCAUCAAAGUGUUUGUCCUGUGGAGAAGGUUGACACAGUGAAGCGAAACGUGGAGUUGAUACUGAAGCAGGGCUUUGUAUCUCGUGGCUUCUUGGGUAUCACAUUUGACGCAUGGAGUCACAGCUUUGAAAGCUUUGUUCUUUUGUUAUUUGGAAAAAAAUAGUAUGCGUUUUUUAAGCCCGUGGCCCUGCCUCCUUACUUAACUCCCUUACUAAGGGUAAGGGUAAGGCAGAAACUUGUUCGCUCCGAACAAACUUCGAAGCUCCUACAUAUGAAGAAGGGCAAACUUCACUUUGGUGGCAAAAGUUUCGAUUCUCAUGUUGUGCUCGGAUUCCACUCAUUUUAGGCCCCAGAUGGCAUUUCUGAUGCUUUGCAAAUCCCUGGCAUCAUCGUCUUUUCAGUAGUAUCGAACAGUCCAGCGGAAAAGGCAGGAGUCCGUCCUAUGCUGAAUGGUACAAUUGGCGAUGUUAUUACAACGCUUGAUGAGAAACCCGUCAGAGCUGGAGCUGACAUCUUUAAGCUGCUGGAUAAGCGUGCUCCCUGAACAAGAAGCAGUAGAGCCUCUUUUCUCUUUGUACAAAAGAUGCACUAACCCAUCAAAAGGUGUCUUACUUUCCUUAAGUAUGUUGACGUAGUUUGUUUCUUUCGCUGUGAAAUCAAAGGUUCCUGGUGAUGUUGUAGCGCUGGAGGUACGAAGGGCAAGGCGCUCAGAGGAUGGCGCAGCUGUCGUGGAGGACAUCCGAUUCAAUAUUACACUCAGCUCGUCCCCUCGAAGAAAAUGAGCAGAGAAUAGAAAGAGCUAUUUGAAUGCCAAAGUGCAUUCAAUUUCGAACAUGCCCAGAUUCAUAUCCAAGCUACUAGGGGCUCCUGGCCUUACUACUAGGAGCAAGGACGCUACUAGUGGCUCCUGGGGUCCUGGCAUCGCUACUAGGAACAAGGAAGCUACUAGGGGCUUCAUAUCCUUUGAACAAAAAGUUCUCAAGCCUGGAGGAAAAUAAUCGGCGGCUUUUGUCUUGAGUGAUGGAAUGGGCAGCCUGCUCAAGUUAUUUCAUUCUUUCCGUC